AUGGUAAUACUCGCCGUCGUUGCCACCAUUGCCGCCACCACGGUGACCGCCGCCAACAUUGCCUCCAGCGUCCACCGCCUCUUGGAGGUCGCCGAUUCCGUCGACGUCGUGGUCGAGUUCAAGGACGGCAACACCCGCGCCCUUCGUAGCGCCAAGUUGGAACUCAACUCGAUCCAGGAACGCGGCCCCCGCAUCGCCCACCUGCGCUCGCUCUUGGUCAAGACGAUGGAAUCAUCGCAGAAAGAGGCGCUCGAGGACGAAGAAGCUGCGGUGCAGCCUCGACGAGGGAGACCGGUGUCAAAGUACGGCCCCAAGAAGAAGCCAAAGCAGUACUACUCUGGUCCAUAA